CCAAAACCAGGCCUUGCAGCAACCGAGAGAGGAACACACAGCGAUUUUGCGAGCAGCCAUUAACGGGAGCAAGAACUUCAAGAAGCGCCUCGAAGCAUCGGUAACGCCAGAUCCAACUGCAUCGCGUCACCGCUAUCUCCUUAGGCGAAAGUUUUGCGGGGGGGAAAUGGCGUCGGCAGUAGCAGCGACGACCCCAGAUCACCUGUUCAACAUGAGGAACAACUUCUACCUGGGAGCCUACCAGGCUGCCAUCAACUGCAGCGACUCGCUCCCGCCUCUCUCCCCCGACGAGUCCCUCGAGCGGGACGGCCUCGUCUUCCGAUCCUACGUCGCCCUCGGCAGCUACCAGCUUGUGAUCAAUGAGAUCGAUGCAUCGGCUGCCACGCCUCUUCAGGCCGUGAAGUUGCUCGCUCUCUAUCUCUCGUCUCCCGAUAACAAGGAGUCAGUGAUCUCAAGUUUAAAAGAUUGGCUGGCAGAUCCUGCUAUCGGAAACAAUCCCACUUUGCGAUUGAUUGCUGGGACAAUAUUCUUGCAUGAACAAGACUAUAAUGAAGCCCUUAAGCACACAAAUGCUGGGGGAACCAUGGAUUUGCAUGCGUUGAAUGUCCAAAUAUUUCUUAAGAUGUACAGGUCUGAUUAUGCUGAGAAACAGCUAAGGAUCAUGCAACAGAUCGAUGAGGAUCACUCACUAACUCAACUUGCAAAUGCAUGGCUAGACAUGGCUGUGGGUGGUGCCAAGAUACAGGAAGCAUAUCUCAUUUUCCAAGAUUUCUCUGAGAAGUAUCAGAUGACAGGGUUGAUAUUGAAUGGGAAGGCUGUUUGCUGCAUGCACAUGGGAAAUUUUGAUGAAGCCGAAACCUUGUUGCUUGAAGCUUUGAAUAAGGAUGCAAAGGACCCAGAGACUUUGGCGAAUCUGGUUGUCUGCAGUCUUCACCUUGGUAAACCGGCUUCCCGCUAUCUCAGCCAGUUGAAACUCUCCCAUCCAGACCAUAUGCUUGUUAAACGGGUAUCGGCUGCAGAAGAGAGUUUUGAUAGAGCAGUACAGUCGGUUGCUUGAGGCAUCUUCUCCUGCUUUCAGUAAGUAGUGAUGGUUUGCUAGUUCUUUUUCCCCUUUUUACUCACAUGUAGUCAAAACUCCAUUUGAUAGAGCAUUUGGUUUUGGCUGAGGGUGGUGAUCUUGGAUAAGCUAUAUCUUUGUAUUUUACUGGCAUUUUAUUUACAGCGGAAUGAGGAUUAUAUCAUAUAAAUGAUCAAAACCAUUUCUGUGUUCAA